ACCGGUGUGCGUCUAAACAUUCGAGAAGCGCGACAUAAAGAAGGUCGUUUCUAGGCGAGGCGCUCUUUCGCUAGUUUCGUAGCAUUGUCGCGUAACGAAGGUAACAAAAGUGCAUAUCUUAUCAGCUUUAUAUCGUCUUUUUGUUGUGUUUUUUCCCUCUGAGUUUGAUCUGAUUUUCCGUAGAAGCGAUUACACAAUACGUUGUUUUCGUUCUUCCAGCUGGUGUAUUAAAAUGACAGAGGCACAGAUUUGCGAUAUCAGUCCAGAAGCUAAAAAUGAAAUUAGCAAGUUUCGUUUCCGACGAAAUGCUUCCAACAUCGCCUUAAUUUUGAAAAUUGACCGCGAGAAGCAAUUGGUGACCGUGGACGAGCUGCUGGAUGAUGUAACAGUUGAAGAUUUACAGGAACAACUACCGAGUCACCAACCACGGUACAUUAUCUACAGUUACAAGAUGGCACAUGACGAUGGACGGAUAUCGUACCCAAUGUGCUUCAUAUUCUACACUCCGAGAGACAGCCAAAUGGAGCUGUGCAUGCUGUACGCCAAGACGCGUAUGGCGCUUCAACGCGAAGCCGAUCUAACCAGAUACUACGAGAUCCGCGAGCUGGACGAUAUGACCGAAGAUUGGCUGAAGGAAAAACUACGAUAGAUUUUUUUUUCAAGUUGGAACGCCAGACACAAUCAUCGGGCCAAAAACCGUCGUGAAAAUCUCUAUAUCAGAUUUUGAUUUAUUUUUCUGCUUGAAAGGUAAAUAUUUUGUAUGGAGCAUCUAGAUAUUGGCGAUGUUCUACACAACGUGUGUAGCGUACAAAUUAAGAUGAAUAAAAAAAAUAUUUUGCUGGAAAAUGUAGGAAGCAUCAUAAGAAACCAAAUGUGAUGGUAGCAUUUCAUCGUUGUAGGCUUAUUGUAUCGAAAACAUUUUAUAGCAUAAAGUAGAAGAAAAACGAGCUUAGACAGUAAGCUAAACGAAAUCCAAUUUCAAUCAAGCCAAGUGUAACAAUUUAGACUUUUGUGGUAAGUUGCCAUACAUAUUGAUAUUCCAUCUUUGUAACUUUAGGUGUUUUUCUUAUGAUGGACUCGAAAUCAUUUCUCUAUCAAAGGCAUCAGUUUAAAGACCAAACUUUAUUACAUUUCCAUUUUAUUUCAAACGUAUAAAAGCUAGGCUAGCGUGUGAUGAUUCGGGAGAUAUAUGCAUUUUGGAUUGGAGAUAAAUUAGUCAACGAAGAUAAUACCAGUCGCAAGAGAGUGCAUAGGAAAUAUGCUUCAUCAGUAGCUCAUCUUUUCUGCCGUUUGGUAGAUGGCCUAGUUUGCGCUUUACUUCAACGCUAAUAAUUAUACAACCUAGUAUAUGUUGAGUUGAAUUAAGAUUAUACAAAAGUACAUGUUUCAUACAGAAUCUUGUAUUAGAGCUACAGACUCGGAAUAGCAAUCAAACACAGCGCAAUAAAAUCAACAUUAUUCUAUCGAUACAA